AUGAAUAUUCAUUCUUAGUCUAGAAUGCUUGCAAAACAUAUAGAGUAGAAAUGCUAGACAGAGGCUCUAGAAUGAAAGAAUGAAACAUACAAAGCACGUGAGUGAGUGAAUGAGUGUGUGAGUAUGUGUGUGCAUGAAAAAUAUAGGGGCUGUAUUUGUUUGAAAUUUGAGCAAAGACUUCAACACAGGAAAUAAAUGGAAAACUGUGACAUUGUGAUGUAUUUCUUGAAAUUGGGAUUCCCUACUUGAUUCACUAGCUGAGUAAGUUUUUAUAUCAUCUCCCAAUUUUUUAAACCCACUUCUGUUUGGUUGUUUUGGAGACUUUCAAUUGCACACUGUACAUGCCUUUGCAACUGUACACAAUUACUUAAAAGGGUCCUUUUGCAAGAACCUUUGGGCAUUGGGUGCAGUAUCUGCCUGCAAAUGACAUUUCAUGGAAAACUAGGUCCAAACAAUGCACAAGAGGAGCAUCCAACUUAAGUUAUAUUUGUACAAGUGUGGUUCUGCAAACAGUUACACAUUAUGCUUGUGCAAUUGACUUGACAACCUGUCAAACAUACUACUUGUGCAACUUGUACUACUGUUUGCACUUGCCUGAUGUUCAUUUGCUUGUGCAAAGGCAAGAUCUGGUGGAGCUCCACUAGUGGUAUGAGAGUUUGAGGAACGACACUGUUGAGUACUGCCUAUGGUUCAAAUUAGUGAGGAAGCAUAGAUUUAGGAGUUACUGACAGUUUAAUGUAAAUGAAGUCCUUUCUGUGACCCCUGCACUGUUGAACAUUCCCACCAUAGAUCAAAGUAUGAACCAAUCUCACGGUGCCAGUUUCCCACAAUAUUGCCUCUGGUUUGGCUCUUUAGAUGAAGCCAUGCAGGAAUACCUUACACCUACUGAGAGCUUUGUAUUGUGCUUUCUUCUUUCAGGUUGAUCAAUAAAAAUGCAAAAGGCACCCAGAUACCCAGUCAGUCUUCCUUCUAACAUUCCUCUAAGUCAGUCUCCCAUAGGAGAUUGCACAUGGGAUGGUAUGAAUUUCAGCAGAUCUGUAAUUGGUACCACCAGGUACAACCAUUGUGACAUUAAGGCCGCAGUCCUGAAAACACUGCCUGGGGAGUAACUCCCACUCUACACAGUGGGAGUUACUGAGUACACAUGCACAAGAUUGCACUAUAUAGGCAAUAUUGCACUUGAUCUUGGUAUAAAAAGGGAAACAGGAUGGUCAAUUGAAUAAUGCGUAUUCCUCUCUUGAACCAGAGUAGCCCAGGCUAAUCAUUGGCAUUGGAAUAAUUUAAUAUGGCAUGUCGUAGCCAGUGGCUGCAGCACUACAUAAUGGUAGGGAGGUAAAGGCUCUUCAGACAAUGAAUAAUACCGGCCUAUUUUAGUGAGAUGAACACUAAUAAUACCCUUUGCUCAGAGGGCUAUUAAUGCAUGUUGACUAAUGGGCUGCAGUGAGGUACCGUGCAAACAAACACGGGAACUUCCCACUCAUCCUCUUCACAGCUUGCAAGAAGACUUGAGUGGCUCCGUGCAAGCGUGGGGAGGAUGGAGCUCUGGUACUUUUGAACUGUUGCCAUUGAAACAGUUCAGCUAGAAGCCAGCAUUGCAGUAGGGAAGGCAUGCAAGGCAAAAGUUGCAGCUCCUGCAGUUUCAUCUUCUGUGCAGCAGUCAGAAGUACUAGAGCGUUGGGGAGGAAGUAGAAAUGGUGAGGGGCAACAAAAGCCCCCCAAAUCCACACCUCCUUCUUAAUUCUGGUGCAGGGGGUGGAAGGCACUUAAAACAGAGACUCAGUGGAUGAGAGGGGGUGCUUAAACUCUUCCUAAUCUGACAAUUAUUGCUUAUCUUGUUUCUUGUAUUUUGCCAAACCUUUUCAGUCAGAAAGGGUCUCAGGGCAACUUGUGUGUAUGCAUGUAUUAAAGCAGUACUUGGCUUAAAAGAAGUGACACAAAAGGAAGAAAGAGAGGAAUAGGGAGGGAGCAUGACCAGGGAUACUUUCCUGCAGUGAACCCCCAAAUCAUUUUAAUUACGCUGUGGCUUGCUUUUAUGACUUGUUAGGACUUUUUGCGACCACAGAGUUUUGGCUAUUCAGCAAUAUAGAUCCAAAUAAAUAAUAGUUAUUAUUGUGCCACCCCAACUUCCAACAGUCAGGCUCAGGAAUUGGAAGAAAAUUUAACUGGGGGAAAUAAUUGCGUAUGUAUGUUUCAAGCAUGUAGAGCUUGCAUGGAAAAGUCAGCUUGAAGGGAAGGGAUUAUGCCCCUGCAAGACACCCCGCCAUCUUUGCAUCUACAUGAGCAGGUUUGGGACUCCAGCAUUUGCUUUCGUCCUCCUUUGGUCACCUGGAAAAAAUCAUUAUUGGACUGCAGAUUAUAUCUUAUCUCUUAAACUGUCUGUUAGUUAUAGCUAUAACAUAUUGUGUCUCAUUUGUGGUUCUUGCUAUAUAUGAUGAACUUUGCCAUCUUUUUCCCCCUUUCUUUUCAGUAUUCAGAGGCCAAAAAGCAGUGCUGGUACUUUGAAGGGGUAUAUCCUACAUAUUAUAUAUGUCGCUCCUAUGAAGAUUGCUGUGGGUCAAGAUGCUGCGUAAGGACUCUGUCUAUCCAGCGGCUAUGGUAUUUUUGGUUUCUUCUGAUGAUGGGAGUCCUCUUUUGUUGUGGGGCCGGUUUCUUUAUCCGAAGGCGGAUGUAUCCUCCACCACUGGUUGAUGAAACGACUUAUAAUGUGUCAUACACCCGGCCGCCUAACCCCAGUGCAGCAGGAGCACCGCAGCCUGGAAUGGCUUACUACGCAGAUCCGGAAGGAGCCAUGAUGAACCCCAUGGCUAUGACUUACCAUGUUCAACCCAAGUCUCCACAAGUGAACCCAAUAUACCCGCCUCCACCUUCCUACUGCAACACACCACCUCCGCCAUAUGAGCAGGCAGUGAAAUCUUCCACAUAACCUCUUGGCUGCAACGAAUACAGACUUGGUCAGGAAGGGGCAUGAUCUGUGAGCGGCAGAAAACUUCUUAGCGCUCCAGUGUUGUUUGCUGUCCCAGUUAGCAUUAUUCAGGCAGCAAUUGCAGAUUUGCAGCGGGGUGAACUAUCUUCUGAUAUCUUCAAAGCAAGAGCGAAAGCCUUUUAUUUGUGCUUUUGAUUGGAAGCCUGUAUUUAAAUCCCUUAUGCUUUCCCUUUUAAAUUAUUCUCUUUGUGGUUCCAAGAUGUACAUUAACACAUCAUGGUGUGGCACAGUAUGGUAGCAAGCACAAAGCCAUAUCCACCAGCCUAAAUGUUCUAGAGCUGGUUGUGGCAUUUUAAAGAUAAAAGAGAGAGGAAGAAUUGGCAGAGACACGGGCAAGAGGAAACCACUGAAACAAGUAGGACGACACACUGCAUUUGUUCAUAAAGCUCAAAAAGUAGGGAGGGACUGAAACAGACUUGGAGGAACUGUGGUAGGACAAUGUGCAGCAAAUCUUUCCACAGCAGGAUGAGAUCCAUCCUUCUAUUCCACUUGCCCAGGCAAAGGUUAGGACAGGAUUCUACAUAGCCUCUCCACCAUUGGUCUAGCCUGCCAUCUUAAACCUGGUUUGAUUUGGCUUGGCAUUUUUUCACUGACGACAGACAGGGAACGGGGUUGUUGUUGCCAAGAAUAAAUGUUGUAAUAUACUGCUGUGUUUGUGUGUGGGAAGAAAACUUACUGAGGGCCAGCACAUUGAUAUGCCCAGGUCUAGAAACAAAAAGCUGGUUGGUUAGAAAAUAUCUCUCACCUAAAGAGAUUUUAAAAAAUCUUGAUGAGGGGUUUGCUAUUUGCUCCCUGUGUGUCCCUUCAGAUUUACACUAUUAAGGCAUACACCGAAAAUGUGUUACAUUGACUCUUAAAAAUGUGAGUGGGAGUGUACUCACCCGGAAGCCAAGACUGCCUGUAGCAGCCUGUGGAACUUGUGAAAUGGCCCCCAAAGUAGGCCUGAAGGUUCAGCAAAGGUCCUCCUUCGUGGCACAAUUCCUUCAAGGUGGCUCUUGCACUUCAUUUUCAUCUGGUGGGUUAUUCAAAACGAACUUAAGUGUAAUACUGGAGAUUUGUCAAGUGUUGGAGACUGGUGGAAAGUUCUCCUGUGUAUGAUGAACAAAUGUAAACAUUAAGACUGCUUGAAAAAGGCAGGCACAAAUUCCCCCGUGAAGGGCUUAUCCAUCAAAAACAGAUAGGCCCCUGUCCUCCAUUGUUCUGCUUGGGAGAAACACCUGGUAUCUGUCUUCCGUUGUGCCCUUUCGUUCUUGACAUCACAAAAAUCAGCUUGCUCAUGAGAAUGUCCCAUUGCAAGGAUUUCUAGAUUUCCCCUUUAGUGUUAUACCUUCUGGUUGAAUUGGGAGACGAGGCAAUGACAAUGUCUCUUCACUAUUUUUCUUCCCUCUGUAGCUGCUGAAGGCUUCCCCACACAAAGUAGCCGUCGUGUGCUCAUCAUUCCUCAUGGAAGGUAGUUUGCAGGUUCUUUAUAUGAAUCCUUUGGGGCCUCCCCCAUGCUUUCCAAACCCUUUUGUGGCUCUUUAGUUGAAGAAAAUUAUAGUAAUACUUGAAAGUGGCAGCAUGAAUGGAAGAAAAAGCUGGUGUAUUUUUGCAUGUCCACGAUGGUGCUGCUGUCACCUCAUGGUCAUGCGAAGGAAAGAACCCCGACUCCCGGGGGAAAAAUCCACGUGUAAAGAAACUUCAGAAGAUCUGGAUGCAGAAGCCUUGCUAAAGUGGCAGGUGAAAAUCCUCAGGUAGAAGGAGAAGCCCUGGGUGUGCUGGCUGGGCUGUGCAGUGGAGUGGCAUUCAAAAAAAUGGAGAGGAAACCCCAAUGCCACUGUGAUGUUUCCCUGCCUCCAGAAAAUGAUACAUGGUGAACCUCCUAGUUGCAAUGUGUGGAAUGUUUAGGGACAUUGGUGAAGUAAGUGUCCCUGUUUUAGAAUAUCUUCCAGUUAUUGUUGAGGAUGUUGAACACAGUAUUCAAAGCAGACUUUGCUUUUAAUGCACUUUUUAAUGCGCUCAGAGCACACAUCAGUCCUAAUCUUUUGAAGGAAGUGUUCUUCAAACCUUACCUUUCUGUGCAUAUAUCUUGGCUCUCUUCUGUGUCUACCUAAAACCUGUAAAGUGUGUGUACCGAACACAUGUAGUUACUAGUAAAUGUAACAAUUCUGGGACAUUCACCAAGAAGCCCGAAUCAGCUGAUUUGAUAGACCAAGUGUGUGAAAUUGUCCUAAAGCCUGGAAGCAUGUCCCAUUAAAUUUAGGAGGACUUGCUUCUGAGUAAAAUGGUUGAGAAAGGUGCAGUAAAUAUUAAAUUCUACAUUAUUUAUAUUUCAUGUCCCUCAGGUCUGGUUUAAAAGCCUUCCUAGUUAGUGUUCAUAUCAGACUGCAAUGAUGAGUUAGCUCCAGUUUUUGACUGAGAUUGAUCUUUUGAAUUUGCAUUUUACAACUUCUCAGCUCAAAUGUUUAAUUCAAAAAGGAUGCUUUAUUGACUAUUCCCCAAAUGUCUUUGAUGGUUCUAGUUGCAGGGGAAGUUUUCUAAAAAAAAAAGAAAAGAAAAAGAUCCCUCCUGGGUUCUUUGCACUGUAAUCUAUACAUUUCAAAGUGAAUGCUUCCUUCACAAACCCAGCAUCAACAUAUCUUUACACCUUUGUUCAGUUCUGUUCACUUUCUCAUUUGAGUAAACCUGCUGGCAGGACCAGAGGCCUCAAAAUAUCAGGUGAGGUAGUAUGAAGACUUUACAUAGCUUGGCUUGAUCUGCAGAAGUUCCAGUUGUGAAGUCAGAUGAGAGAUGUAACUGUCAAGACACAGUCAAAGAUGCUUUACUGUUGAAUGGAGCACUUGAAGGUAACAGCUGCUUCUGAAUAACUAUGGGUUAGAUCUGGAGUUAAUCUGGAUCAGCUAUGGUGGCAGAGGUGGACUUGCCCACCCCUUCCUUCCCACACAGCCUCUCCAGGCUGUUGAAAAGGCUGUACAGAGAGUCAAGACACCCUGCUGAAUGAACUGUGGUAUCCAGGGAAUGGAAUUUCCUCCAAAAUUGGGUGAAGGAACCUUCUGCAAGUGGAGUCCCUUCCCUUGAGUGGAAGGUCCCUUCCUUUCACAGAAUACUGGAUCCAACCCAAGGCAGAUAUGUGAAAGCAUAUAUAAAGAAUCUGUCAAGAGUUGACUCAACGUAGGCACAGCUCCUCUUGAAACAACGAUUUUACUGAUUUCUCAAUGUCCUUUGGAAAGAUAACAAAAGGAAGCCUUCUUCAACACAGAAAUGAUUAUUACUGGAAUUUUGACCUACUUGGUUUUGUGAAACUUCAAUUAAAAGCUUCCUCAGAGUUGCUGAAACACUGUUGUGACAACAGCGACAAAUCAUAAGCUGUUAGAUGUAAUCAGAAUAAUUUGACUUGGUGAGACUUUAGGUAUGAUCCUGCCAAAAAAAAUGCAUUUAGUAAGUACCAUAAAAUUCAAGUGGAGAGCUAAGCCCAUGCUAAUUUUUCUCCUCUUGGCUAGAACAUGUCCUUUGGUAAAAUACACUGUAGCAUCCAGAUGUUAAAGUGAAGUCAAGUUACUUAGGAAACAUGAAAGUGGUAAGUUUAAGUCAUGUAACAUGGUGAUGACUCUGGAGAUCCGUCCUUGUGUAACUUCUGCAUCAUAUGAUGUUCCUUCUUGGCUGCUCCCAAGAAGAAAUGCAAGGGAGAAUGACAAGUUUCAAAUAAGAAGUAGCACAUUUUUAAAUUUUGUAAUACCAUGGGAAGCAUGAUUCAAAGAGUAUUUUAGGAGAGAAUAAUGCAAUUUGAUUUGGGGUACCCAAGAUUAGAAAAAAGCUGCAGACCCUGAAAUGAAUGUAGUGUGCACAUUAAAUCAUUUUCUACCCAAUCUUACUAAUUGUGCUGUAUUGCUGUUACUAUGAUAUUCAUAGAUCAGUUCUGUUUAGGAUGCAAAGACACCACCAGCCAGCAAACAUUCCAUAAUUUUGUAGGCGUUUGUAGUAACUGAUGACUCUCAUGCUGUUCCAUUGUACAUAGUGACCCCCAAGUCUGGUCCAUGGUGUAUUCCUGCAGGAGAGAGUCUGGAUCUAUACAUGUUCCAUUGCUGCAGGUAUCAUUAAUUUUCAUAAAGGCAUCCUAGUGGGCCAUUACAAUUUAACCUAAGAGCACAGUUUCAGUCUUCAAGUCAUAAUGAAAUGUUGCAAGCAGUUUAGAAAUGUUGGAUAGCAUCUAUUAAUUGUCCUUGGUUUUAUUUAUUAAAAGCUGGUCUACACAAA